GGAAAGGCCCAAUUGGAAUGGAUUUGAUGUUGUGGUACCCCUACCGCACCAUGCGGUGUUCGCACACCCUUGGCAAUCAAAUAAGACAAUGCCCGACCCGUAUUUGUCGGACCUAGGUUCGUCGGCUAUACCGGAGGACGCUGAACUCGUCUGUAAGUUCGACGGCGGCACUGAUGGUCUGAUGCGGCGGCGCCUUCGGCCUUCCCCUACUAUGCUCUUCUAUCUCCACUCGAAAACCCUAACUUCUCCGUUCUCUAACCUUUAAUUCGCCUUUUACUAUUUUCAAUUGGUAAAUUAUAAUCUCUAGUUACUGCAGAUUCAAGUUAUCAUUCAACAAAGAAGAAGACGACUCAGCCAGCUGAAACAUAAUUCGGAUUCGGUAGACGACUCACUGGAUGCGAUUCAGAACCAGAUGUCAUCGGUCGCGUUAAACGCUUCAAUUGGCGCGAGUAGCUUGCCGAGGGCGGCAGGAUCGCGGAGGUGAAUGAUGGAGUGUUGCUGGAACUGGCUUUUGGUUAACUGCACGAAUAUGAGGUUGGAAUGGUGGAAGUAGCUGACUACAUUGUUGGAUUUAUUGAUGGCCUUGUUGCAGCAUCUACCCACAAACUUAUUUAUUGAUGGAAUGGAAGUAUGCUGGUAAUAUGGACACAAUAGCUGGAGUUUAAAAGGAAGGAAAAAAGCAUUGGGAGUUGGAAGGCAUCCAAUGAAGUAAUGCCUAGUGGGCCCCACCCAUAUCUCCCUUCAAAUAACACCAAUAUGCAAAGAAAACAAAAAAGAUUAGCCUCUUUAUGUAGUGGUGCUUCAUUUCAUGAUUACCCCACUCAAAUCUUACACAAUUUCACAUCUUUUAAUCACAAAAUUAUUGCCUUUUUAACACACCCAAAAUUAGAUUACAUAAUUUUAGACAUCAUAAUUAAAAGUUACCUUAAAACAUGUAUUUUAUAUUAUUUUUAAAAUCAGGGUUAAUGUCAUGAGCAAUAAAAAUAAAAACUUAAAUCCUUUGUUACAUUCUGAAAAUAUUAUUUAUAAUAUAAAAAGACAAAAAGUAAAGUUAUGAACUUUUUAAAAUAUAAUAUUUAAUUUCUGUAAUUAUAAAAUUUGUAAGAUAAUGUUGUUUUACAUAAUUUUGUAAAAAGUAAUAGUUUGAUAAUUAAAAAAAAAAGAUUUGUUUUAAUUUUUAAAUAAUCAAUCAAAAUCACAUCCAUGCAAAGGAAGGGGGAGAAAAAGGCUUAAUGCGUAUUUCACUAUAUCGUCCAUUAAACAAUUUACGCCACACCCACACCGGUCUUUACAUACUUCCAUCCCCAAAAAAACAGCCCCCUCUUCCCUCUUCCCUCAUACCUCACCCAUUUCUCCGCCGCUCAUCCAUCUCCGGUGGCGUCGCCUCCGUUAAUUGUUUCACCAACACAUCGGAGUUUACAUAUACAGAGAGGUUUCCGGUUAGUAAUUGGUGGAGAUGUAUAAGAAUCAGCUGCAAGAGCUAGCGCAGAGAAGCUGCUUCAACCUCCCAUCUUAUACGUGCAUCAGGGAAGGACCUGACCACGCGCCGAGGUUCAAGGCCGUCGUUAACUUCAACGGCGACUCCUUUGAAAGCCCUAACUAUUUCUCCACUCUCCGUCAGGCUGAGCACGCCGCCGCCGAGGUCGCUCUCUCCUCCCUCUCCUCCCACUCCCUCGCCGCUAGAAUCCUCGAUGAAACUGGGGUUUACAAGAAUCUAUUACAAGAAAUUUCACAAAGAGUCGGUGCACCAUUGCCACGUUACACAACUUACCGGUCCGGUUUAGGACACCUACCUGUGUUCACCGGAAUAGUCGAACUCGCCGGAAUUACAUUCACCGGUGAACCCGCAAAAAACAAAAAACAAGCGGAAAAAAACGCUGCCAUGUCAGCAUGGUCAUCUCUCAAACACUUGGCAAAACAAGAUGCGAGUUCAUCGACUGAACCCGAGAAUAACGAUGAACAGGAACAAAUCAGAAUCGCGAGAGCACUUAUGAAUUACAAAUUAAAACAAAAAAUUGGAAAAGUCAACUACGUUGACCACCACCCAAUACCUUUUGAUAAAAAAUUCACUACACCUUCACCUCGACCACCUAGCCCACAACGAGCACCGUUAACAUCGUCAAAAAUACUUCCAUUCUUGUACCAAAAACAUGAACCAUCAUCAUCAUCAUCAUCAUCAUCUCCAUCAUCAUCGUCAUCGUUACCAUCACCACAUCAAAACCAAAACCGCCCGACCUGCCCGGCUUAUGUUCCGAUGCGGUACUACAGGCCACUUGCACCGCCGGUAACUAUGAGAACCGCGGUGCCGGUUUUCUCUGCACCGCCUGUUCGGCAGGUGGUGCAGAGUAGACCGGUGAAGGUGGCACCGCCUAUCUGUGUGAGACAGACGGUGCCGGUUUUUUCUGCUCCUCCUCCUCCUACUCUGGUUAAGAAAGAGGAGGGGUUGAAGGUAAAUGAGUCUGAAGCGGUUAAGUGUCUAGAAAAUCUUAAAUUAUGAGAGGGUUAUGGAUGAUUGUAUGUUGAAUGUUGUUAAAUGGUUUAUGUUUUUUUUUUAUAUUUGGUUUGAAAUUAAAGUAAAAAUGGUGUAUCAAAUUUUGGUAAUGUAAGUGUAGCUUAAUUUCCCUAUUA